AUGAGCUCAGCCGAGGACCUGCUCAUCAUCUAUGAGGCGGAGGCAGAGCAGUGGGCUGUAUACCUGCGCUCUAUCUUUGCCGGACCAGUCCCGGAGGGAGGGAUCUGUUGCUAUGACAUCGCCACGGUGACCAGCCGGCGGGAGGACUUCCUGCGACUGGGCCAGUACAAGGUCAAGCUGUUAAUCCUGUCCAGGGGCAUGCUAGAGGGCCUGUGCCAGCUCCGACGCUUCUUCCUGGCCCGGGUGCUGAACCCUGCGGCCCACGUGGUGGUGCUCCUAUGUGGGGUGGAUAGCCUGGCGCCCCUGCUGGAGGUGGUGCCCCUCAAGGGGGACGAGUGUCUGCAGAUAUCCAGCGAGCAAGACGCCGACGAGUACAUGUCGGCUGUGACCGACAUCGUGCAGAGAGGGCACCAGGCUGCAGCAGGGAACGUCAGUUCUGUUCCUGGGAAGUUGACAGGACUGGAGCUAAACUUAAAGUUGGAGAGCAGGCAGUCUACCGGAGCCUCCAGUACCAAACCCAACAACAUGCUGCUGGUCCCCUCCAGAGUUCCCUGUGGGACACCAGGCGAGGUGUUCAUUAUUUUAAAAGACACUGUGGCCAGUAAAGAUGCUGAGGUUGAGUUCAGUAGGAGUAAACAGAGGGUGAGAGUGAAACCUGUCCACUGGAACAAACACACCCUCUGUGUGAACGCAGCAGACUUCCCAGCAGGAAGUGUGGGCGUAACACUGUACUGUUGUGGGGUGGUGAUGGGGAAGGCCCAUCUGCAGUACUACAGCACCAUGGAUGAGAUGGCUUGCCUUCUGACCAGGGUGGCAGACCCUGUGGACUUCAUGUGCCAGUCUCUUCAGGUGUCCUCGGUGGAGAAGCUGGACCAAAGGCUGUCCUCCAUGCUGUUGGAAGCCAUGCCCUCCACAGGCUUCCAGGGACUGCAGGGAGAUUACCCACCCGAAGGAGAGGCGCACCCAGAGGAGGUGCCGUCACUUCUCCACUUUGCUGCCCAGAACGGGUUUAAGGACGUCUCCAAUGUGUUGCUACAAUGUCCUGGUGCGAAAAGAGCUCUGUGCACAGCUAACCGCCAAGGUCAGACGCCCGCUGAGAUCGCCCAACAUAAUGGACAUGAUGAGCUCCAUGUAGUGCUGCAGCAGACCCUGAAUAUGUUCACCGUGGGCAAGGACAGUGAUGACACCAGUGUCUAUGAGAUGAUGUGCACAGCAGGGAAUCCCAGUGCUCCAGACACUCAGAUAGAGGAGCAUGGAGAGGGGGAGGAGGUGGGGGAUGAUGAGGAUGAGGAGGACCUGUACGCCCCGCUGGGUGUAAAUGAUGAAGACUAUGACACCAUCUUGACCUCCAGCGGCGCCGUUGUUAUUGCUAACAGACCACCAGCGCCCACGCCCCGGCCCGAGACCACCCCUGUCAAAGAGGACAGCACCCCCUUUAUAGCUCAAGUGUUCCAGAAGAAGAUGUCACAGAGUGAUACUGAAACACUGUAUUCUCUACCCACUAAGCAAGCACGCGGGCGAGACGUGAUCUCCUCCACAUAUGACACGUUUGUGCCCAACCAGCCACCUGGGCUGGAGCAGCUGAUUGAGCUACAGGAGAAGGUGAAGAGCGGGUCUCUCAGUAUGGACGAGGCUCUGGAGAGGUUUAGUGACUGGCAGAGGGUCCAGAAAGGAAUGGACGCCAUUCAACAGGAGAAACUACGCCAGCUGAGGGCGAGUAUCAUCAACAACAGAGAGGACGAUGAAAGUGUCUAUGAUAAAAUCAACAUCAUCCACCACACACCCAAUGUGACUGUGAAUGAAUGUCGCAGAGGAAGCCAGCCGGUGGAGACUGACUUUUAUAGCAAACCACUUAAAGGACAACAUGUGCCAUCAAACAAGAAACAAGAUCCUUAAGUUCUUUGUCUUGUUCUCAUCCAUACUGAAGAACCAAGCUCUUAUAGAUAUAAAUGGAAAUGUCUAUGUCCUGCAUCCCUAUAACAAGAUAUCAAUACAAUGUAAAUCUAACAUGAUAAAGAUUACCAUAUCUGUUA